AUGUCAGAUUCCAACACAACCGACGUCACCAACCCAUCCACCUUCAUCCUCUUGGGUUUUCCUGGCCUGGAGGCAGCCCAUGUCUGGAUCUCCAUCCCUUUCUGCACCAUGUACGCCAUAGCCAUCUUGGGGAACUUCACCAUCCUGUUCAUCGUGAAGAGGGAGCCGAGCCUUCAUGGGCCCAUGUACUAUUUCCUCUGCAUGCUGGCCAUCACCGACCUGGUCCUGUCUACGUCUAUCCUGCCCAAAACACUGAGCAUCUUCUGGUUCAAUUCCACUGAGAUCGAUUUCAGUGCCUGCCUCACCCAGAUGUACUUCAUUCACUGCUUCUCAGCGAUGGAGUCUGGAAUCCUCGUGGCCAUGGCUUUGGAUCGCUAUGUGGCCAUCUGCCAUCCCCUGAGACAUUCCACCAUCCUGACAAACUCUGUGCUGGCCAAGAUCGGCCUGGCUGUGGUGCUGCGCAGUGGUUUGCUCACACUGCCCUAUCCCUUUCUAGCGAGAAGUUGGCCAUAUUGUACAACUAACAUUAUCCCACAAUCAUACUGUGAGCACAUAGCCGUGGUGAAGCUGGCCUGCGCCGACAUCCGUGUCAGUAGUUACUAUGGCCUCUUUGUGGUAUUCUCUGUGAUUGGACUGGAUGUGAUUUUUAUUGUUGUGUCCUAUACCCAGAUCCUCUGGGCCAUUUUGCACCUCCCCACAAAGGACGCCCGGCUAAAGACAUUUGGGACCUGUGGCUCCCACCUCUGUGUCAUUUCAGCCUUUUACAUCCCAGCUCUAUUCUCCUUUCUCACACACCGGUUUGGCCACAAUGUGCCCCUGCAUUUCCACGUUCUCAUGGCCAACAUGUACCUCCUGGUGCCCCCCAUGUUAAACCCCAUUAUCUACGGGGUAAGGACCAAAGGGAUCCGGGACAGGGUGCUCCAGCUCUUUACUCAUAAAGGGACCUGA